CAGUUAUUGAUGGACCUCUGAUCGCUACACACUGUUGUCUCACUUCUUGUGGCUUUGUUUGAUGUCCUCGUUCACCUGUGACUCAAAUCAAAGUACAGAACCAGAGCAGACAGCAGAGCUGCAGUUCAGUCACAUUCUCUCUUCAGCACAACCCAAACCAUGCUGGUCUCCAUGGUUCUGCUGUGGUUCUGUUUCUGCUUCAUCCUCCUCCAGCUUAAGCCUCGGAGGCCCAAGAACUUCCCUCCAGGACCCUUUACUCUGCCUGUCCUGGGGAACCUUCUGCACCUGACCUCAGAGAACCCCUUAAAGGAGUUAAAGAAGCUGAAGCAGUCCUAUGGAAAUGUCUACAGUCUUUUUAUUGGUCCCAAACCAGCCGUGGUCAUCAAUGGGCUGAAGACCAUGAAGGAGGCCAUGGUGGUCAAGGCCAAGGAUUUUGCUGGACGACCCCAAGACCUAUUUGUCAAUGACUUGACUCAGAAUAAAGGAGUGAUUCUGGUGGAUUACGGGCCUGUUUGGAGGGACCAUCGUCGUUUCUCUCUAAUGACUCUGAGAAACUUAGGUCUGGGGAAGAAAUCCAUGGAGGAGAGAAUUCAUGAAGAGAUUCAGUUCACAGUUAAAACACUAGAAAAGAGUGUCGGUAAAACUCUGAGUCCUCAGGUGAUGUUUCAUUACGCAGCCUCAAACAUCAUCUGUAAGGUUCUGUUUGGGACCCGUUAUGAGUACGAUGAUGAGACCAUCAGAGUGGUUGUCCGGUGUUUCACAGAGUUGAAUAAAAUGGUCAACGGGCCUUGGGCCAUGCUGUAUGAUUCUGUACCUUUGGUACGAAAACUGCCACUUCCCUUCAGCAAGGCCUUUAAAAACAUGGAGAUUUUUCUGAAUUUAUCGACCCAUUUUGUGAAUGAGCACAAGAAGAGCAGAACCCCAGGAGAGCCACAGGAUUUUGUGGAUUGCUACCUGGAUGAACUGGAGAAGAAAGACGAUUCUUCCUUCUCUGAGGAACAGCUCAGAAGAAUCACUUUUGAUCUUUAUCUUGGAGGGACGGACACCACCUCCAACACCCUGCUGACUGGCUUUCUGUACCUCACAAACUUCCCACACAUACAAGGUAGGCCUCCGAAUACAACACAAUUUUUUCCUUUUAUAAGCUAGUUGAAUAAGUAGCUU